CUCCUGAAUGCGUCGGCUGUGAGCUCUGUGUGUGUGUGUGUGUGUGUGUGUAGAUAUGGCGAGGUAUUUCUGCAGCGAGGUCGACAUUAAGAGUCCGUGGCAUCAGGUGCUGGCCGCCUUCUGGCAGCGCUACCCGAACCCGUACAGCGCCCACGUCCUCACCGAGGAUGUCCUGUACCGCGAGGUCACCCCCAGCAACCACCUGUUGUCGCGGCGACUGCUGACCAAGACUAACCGGCUCCCGGGAUGGGCCGAUCGUGUCUUCCCCGCUCACAUGGCCCGAGCCGUGUACGUCCUGGAGGACUCCAUCGUCGACCCGCACACGCACACGCUCACCACCAAGACCUGGAACCUGAACCACAACAAGCUGAUGACGGUGGUAGAGCGGUGUUUGUUUGAGGAGGACCACAGUCGGCCAUCUUGGACCAAACUGAAGAGGGAGGCCUUCAUCUCGUCGGGGGUCUACGGCCUGGCCCGGCCCAUACAGGAGUUCGGUCUCGCCAGGUUUAAAAGUAACCAAGCCAGAGCCAUGAAGGGGUUGGAGUACGCGCUGUCCAAGAUACAGGCCGAGGUCGCCCCGGAGUCGUCAGAGAAGCACAAGCUCCUCCCACCGCAGACCACGCCCACCCCGACUACCCAGAAUCCCAAGCAGUUUGUCUGAUGGCCGGGGCAUCAACCUCAGCUGUGAUUGGUCGCUGCUUAGAAGCUCAGGCAUCUUUCUCUAAACUACAAUAAUUCCCAGGAUUCAUUGGGAAUGAUUUAAACCGUCUUAGUAAAAUAAUUUUAUGUUUUAUUCUCUAAACUUUGUUUUCUUUGAAUCAUUUUGAUGAUUCUUUUAUAUAUAAUUUAGGCAGUUUGUGUAGAGUUUACACAUUUUUGUUAUUUAAAAACAAU